AUUAUUUUUACCAAAAAUGAGGCUAGUAUUCAUCUUAAUACUAUUAUCAAUCCCUUGGCUCAAAGCUACAGCUCUUGAAGAAGAAGAUGAACUCUUGAUGCUAAUUGAAAUUACAAGACAUGGUGUUAGAUCAUCCUACGGAAGCGGAAGCGAGCUUCUCAACUUAACUUGGCCAAACAGAGGAGGUGAUUUAUUGGAAGUUGGCGAAAGACAGCAUUAUCUGCAAGGAGUGAAGCUCCGUAAAAGAUAUGUGGAUAAACUUAAUUUCCUAGAAGAUACAUUUAAUCCUCAGCAUCAUUUUGUAAUUUCAACAAAUCUAAAUAGGACAAUUAUGUCUGCUUAUUCUCAACUUCUUGGACUCUACCCUCUUGGUAAGGGACCAUUAUUUGAAGAUAGUGGGAAAAGGAAGGCUGCUGUCCCACCCUUUAAAAUCUCUACUGAAGCAUCUAAAUUUAUAAGAAGUAAUGACGUUCUUGAGCACAGAUAUAGCCCUUUCCCAAUCCAUGUGUUGCCAAAUGAGAACCAUUUACUGAGUGGCAACAGUUAUUUGAUUUGUCCAAUUCUUGAAGAUUAUAUCGGUGAAUCAUUCCGACACACACAUUAUAGCACUAAAGCUGAAUUAUACCCUUUGUAUCAUGACAUGGAGCAAAUAUGGGGAGUUUCUGAAGAACAUUUAAAUAUUGAAAAAGCAUGGCCAUAUCUUGAUACUUACGAUAUGGCCACAAAAAAUGGAAUGACUGUUGAGAACGAUCUUAGUGGAAACGCUAAAAAUCUUUUGAAUAAAUUCUGGUGGAACCAUUUUUAUGAAGGCUUGUUUGGUGACCCCAAGAGUGCUCAACUGACAUCAUCAGAGCUGAUUAACUUCAUUGUUGAUAACUUGGUUGAGAAGGUUAAAGUAGAUAAGGGUGUCUCUAACUCAGAGUUUCAUAAAAACAUAAGGCAUGUCCUAUUCAGCGCUCAUGAUACUACAGUUUCCGCUUUGAUGAAGACGAUCGAACAAGAAAACACUCAGUACACGUCUCCUCAGCCAGCUUCUACAACCUUGAUCGAGCUGAUAAAGAGAGGCAAUACUUAUUACAUCAGAUGGGUUAUAGAUGAUAAAGAACUCCAGGUUGGGAACCGCUGUGACAUUAAUAAAUUCUGUGAAUUCUAUGGCACCAUGGACUACUUGAAUAGCCGCACAACACAAAACAUUGAAGAGGAAUGCCAGAAACAUGAAAAAGGAGAGUCAUCAUCUUUUCCAUUGUGGGGAAUUAUAGCAAUCGUUGUUGGAGGGCUCAUCCUUAUCGGAUGUUUUUCAUGCCUUUGAUCUCUUUAUGUUUCAAUGAAGUCUUCCAAAAAAGAAGACGAUGUGUAUGAAGAGUGUAGCAGUGAUGAAGAGAGAGAAUCAUUUGAAAGCUUUGGAAAGAUGAGAAUGAAUAGUUAG